GCACGCUCCCCGAGAACACUUCCUUCUUCCUUUGUUCUACGGAAACCCAAACCCAUACGCAAAACACUCUGCACACACGCACAUUCAUACACUCAACUCUUUGCAGGGGGGAAGUUAGGGUUUCGAAAGAUGAAGAUCUUGAAGAAAACCAUCAACAUCUUCAGGAAGAAAACCUCUCCCAAAGAGGCUUUAAGGGAGAGCAAGAGGGACAUGGCCACUGCAACGAGAGGAAUUGAACGUGAGAUUGCUUCUCUUCAGUUGGAGGAGAAAAAAUUGGUUGCGGAGAUCAAAAAAACGGCAAAGACUGGAAAUGAGGCUGCCACAAGAAUAUUAGCUCGUCAACUUGUUCGGCUACGUCAACAAAUAACUAAUUUGCAGGGAAGCCGUGCCCAAAUCAGAGGAGUAGCAACUCAUACACAGGCUCUAUAUGCUAGUACUUCAAUUUCUACUGGAAUGAAAGGUGCAACUAAGGCUAUGGUGGCAAUGAACAAGAAAAUGGAACCAACAAAGCAAGCUAAAGUGAUCAAAGAAUUCCAGAAGCAGUCAGCACAAAUGGACAUGACAAUCGAGAUGAUGUCUGAGUCUAUUGAUGAGACAUUAGACAAAGAUGAGGCUGAAGAGGAGACGGAGGAGCUCACUAACCAGGUUCUUGAUGAGAUUGGUGUGGAUAUUGCAUCUCAGUUAUCCUCGGCUCCAAAAGGCCGGAUUGCGUCAAGGAAUGCUUCUAAUGUUGUGACGGCUGCUCCUAAAACUACCACUACUAGAUCUGAAUCUGCUGAUGUUAAGGAUCUUGAAAAGAGGCUGGCCUCUCUUCGACGCAUCUGAUCUGGAAUGCGUAGCAGUCAGCCUUGUUCAGUUUACAUGUAAAUUUUCUAAAAAUAUAUAUAAUGGAUUUGAUGAAUGAAAGCCGGAAUUGUAUUGCUAUAGAUUGUUAUAUCUAUUUUAGUUACUAGUGAAGCGAACGGACUUGUAAAAGCAUGAACAGACGAAAAAUUACCUAUUCAGAUGCUUUUUCUUGGUUUGUAGAUCUUUUCUGAAAUCAAA